AUGGAACCCGACAACAACAAUAACAACAUCCCAAACACCGAGGCAGAGCUCGAAUCCUUCCGCCAGAAAUGGCGAGAAGAAGUCUCUGCAAAGUCAAAGGAUAAAUCCGCGGCUGGGCCGUCGGCUGCGACGACAUCGAAGCAUAGUCACGCAUCGUCCAGCAAGACCCAUGCUCACAAGGGCCAUAGCCAUAGCCAUAGCCAUACACAUGAACAUUCACAUGCACGCCAUCGCAGCAUUGAAGAGAUAGAUGAAGUCGAACCGCAUGUCUACCCAGACCUUGGAGAUAAGCAGCACGGAAGGAGGCUGGAUGAAACCAGCGCCCCUUCUGCCUCUUCAUCAAGCAAAGAGCCGCGAUCCGCUUUAGAGCAUUACGAAAAGGCCGUAGAGAAAGAGAGUCAAGGAAGUUUGGGAGAUAGUUUAAAUCUGUACCGGAAAGCUUUCAAGCUUGAUUCCAACGUCCAUCAAACAUAUAAAAACAAGCAUUUUCCUCCAUCUUUCUUCCAACAGGCUUCCAAGCCGAAACCACAGGACCCAAACCCUUCCAACGCGCCUGUAACAGUCCCCAAUACCGCCCAUCACUCCCUACAAGGCACCUCGUCGACCCUCCAAAACCUCCUGGAAGAGUUCUCCUCCCUCUCGAUCCAGGGCGAACCCCCGCCAACAGAUCUCUCUCCACCACCGCCAUGCCCUAUCGCCUCUAUCCCAGAUGAGAUCCUCACCGAGGUGCUCCUCCACCUCGCCAUCGACGACGUAGCAUCCUUUGUCCGCCUCGCCCAGGUCUGCAAACGGCUCGCCUACCUCGUCCACACCGAGGAGCAAAUCUGGAAACGCAUCGCCCUGGGCCCAGAGUUCGGCUUCGCCGCCAUGCACUACGACUUCGCCUGCCAGCUCGACGGCAAACCUCUCGGCCACGACGGCGCAGGCGGCUACGAACUAGGCACCUCCUCAUCCUCCUCCGACACGGAAGACGACGACGAAACAUAUAGGACCACCACCUCCUCCAACCCAACAGCCCACCUCGUCCCUACCAUCUACCCAACCUACCGCGCCCUCUUCCGCCAACGCCCCCGCAUCCGCUUCAACGGCUGCUACAUCUCCACGGUCAACUACACGCGGCCCGGUGCGCCCUCCCCAACAACCAUAACCUGGAACUCCCCAAUCCACAUCGUAACCUACUACCGGUACCUCCGCUUCUUCCGCGACGGCACCUGCAUCAGCCUCCUCACGACGUCAGAGCCCGCGGACGUGGUCCCCUACCUGCACAUGGAGCACGUGCACCGCAACCACGGGAACCUGCCCUCCGCGCCCAUGAAGGACUCCCUGCUCGGCCGGUGGCGUCUCUCCGGCCCAUCUGGCGGAGAGAAAGAAGGCACGCUGUUCGUCGAGACGCAGGGAUCGACUCCGAAGUACUGGAACCGCAUGAUUCUGUCCCUGGCGACGGCGGGGAAAGGAGCGAGGAAUAAUAAGCUGAAUUGGCAGGGGUACUAUGAUUUCAAUCGUCUCACGGACGACUGGGGGGUUUUUAAUCUUAAGAAUGAUAGGCCGUUUUAUUGGAGUAGGGUGAGGAGCUUUGGCAUGGGGUGGGAGGAGGGGGGUACGACGUUCAAGGGCUAG